UUUCCACCAUAGUAUAUCUGUGCAUUCCGCGAAUGGAAUGUCAUGUACAUUGACGUGUGUAUCGCAUGAAAUCUGAAUUCAUAUUACAUAUUUAAAUCGUUGUGUGAAAAAUGUAUUUUAGAUAAAUAAAUAUAGUAUAACAAACAUAUGCAUAGCCUGUGAGGGAAUUUGUAUAGUUAUAAAAGUUAAAACUGAUAGCAGCGAUCAAAUAUUAAUUGAUAAAACUAGACUUUAAACAAAAUAAUCAAGACAAUAAUUACUAAGAAAUAAGGGAACAAGGAAUCGGACACCAUUUAAGUAUUGACAAGAUGGUGCAAUCGGUUUUUGGAGUAUGGGACUAUAUUAUAAUGGUUGCCACGAUGGUGUUAUCAGUACUCAUCGGCUUAUAUUUUCGAUUCAGCGGCGGAAAACAAAAAACAAAUGAGGAAUAUCUUCUAGCCGAUAGGAAUAUGUCAAUAUUUCCUGUGGCGGUCUCCCUCGUAGCAUCAUUCAUGUCGGCUAUCACUCUUAUGGGAGUGUCAGCGGAGAACUAUUACUAUGGGAUGAUUUUUUUUAUUGUGAACAUAGCCUAUGGCAUUGCCACUCCUAUCGCAGUCUAUCUCUACCUUCCAGUGUUCUUUGGUCUACAAAAAACAAGCACGUAUGAAUAUUUGGAAUUGCGUUUUGGGCCAAAUAUCCGAAUGUUAACUUCGCUUACCUACACACUGCAAAUGAUACUUUAUAAUGGAAUUGUACUGUAUGCCCCAGCGAUCGCUUUGGAAGCGGUGACAGGGUUGGACCGGCUUAUUUCCAUUUUAGUGGUUGGACUUGCCUGUACAUUUUAUUCGUCUUUAGGUGGAAUGAAAGCAGUUUUAUUUACGGAUCUAUUGCAAAUGUUUUUAAUGUUCGCCGCUGUUACAACUAUACCGAUAUUUGCUGCGAUUCAACUGGGGGGAAUCGGCGAGAUAUUUUCUAUUGCUAAGGAAGGAGGAAGGCUUGACUUCUCGAAUAUAAGCCCUGACCCAACAGAAAGACAUACAAUAUGGUCACUAGGUAUCGGAGGUUUUUUUACAUAUCUCUCCCUGUAUGCAGUAAAUCAUACUCAGGUGCAGCGUCUGAUGACUGUUAGUACUGUGGAAAAAUCUCAGAAGUGUCUGUUGUGGAGCUGGCCAGUCACAGUACUAUUAAGUUUCGUUACUUGCUUAAGUGGGUUGGCGAUGUAUGCAGUCUACAAGGACUGCGAUCCGUUCGUAUCAAAGAAGAUAUUAGCAAUAGACCAGCUGAUGCCGUACUACGUAGUAGACGCGAUGCGCUCAGUGCCAGGUCUGGCAGGACUUUUCGUGGCGGGAAUCUUCAGCGCUUCUCUUUCCACCAUUUCCGCCUCUUGCAAUGCGCUCGCCGCUGUCACUCUCACAGACUACGUUAACAGGUGGUGUAAAAUAAAGGAAGAUCACAUAAUAUGGCUGACGAAACUGGCGGCAUUUGCAUAUGGUUUAGUGUUCUUAGUGCUGGCAUUUUUGGCUCAAUAUUUGGGCGGAGUGCUGCAAGCAGCUCUUACGAUAUUUGGGGCCGUGGGUGGACCGUUAUUUGGAGUAUUUACUUUAGGGAUGUUCACUACGUACGCUACUGAAACGGGCACAUCGUUAGCUUUAAUCAGCGGACUUACAGUGACUUUAUGGAUUAGUUUUGGGGGACCUCGGCCGUCACCUGUCAUGCUACCCCUUAACAUUGACGGCUGCUCAAAUUUCACUGCACCCUUGGCGAUGACGUCAACACCCAAAGAUUAUUUCUACCUAUACAAGUUAUCUUAUAUGUGGAACAGUCCGAUAGGAUUUUUAUGGGUCUUCAUAGUGGGUUCUAUAAUAUCGCUGGUCUGGCGUCAGCCUCAGCCAUGGAUGCGAGCUGGAAAGCGCCAUCCUGAUCCUAAACUCUUCACUCCUCCACUAGCCAACUGGCUGAGGAGGAAAUAUCAAAUUAAAGAAGAGGUUCAGUUUAUUUUCUAGAUUCGCACUGGUGUGGUAUUAUAAUCAAGGAAUUUGUGACCAAGGGAUUUAGACAAGGUAAACUAUUUCGAUUUUUUAAGUCUACUAUUAUCUGGAGAAACAGAUUGUGAUGAACUUGGAAAACAAAUAUUUUUUUAAGGCUAAGAUAAGACUAAGCGAAAACAUAUUUGAUAUAAGGGAGUCACACUUAUCUGUAAGGCCCUUUAAGUCUCGACUCUGGUCUCUGACCCUACAAUUAAUUGUUUUUUUUUUUAAUUUUACGUCCUUAAAUUCUAAAUUUAAUGUAAGACUAUAGAGUUGAACAAAGCUAUGCUAUUUACGAAAUAUAUUUAUUUUACAGUGUGAAUUAUUGAAACAAGAUGGUGACUUCAAUUAACAUGUCUUUUCUUCAAAUGAGGUAUUAAUUAAGGCAAAAAAUGUGCAAUUGAAAAUAAUUAGUUAAAUCGAAAAGCAAUUCUAGAGCCGUCAAAACAGGCAAAGUUACAGUAUUUUAUGGAAAGUUUAAUGAAUCACUGCCUUUUCAUAUACAUAGAUAAUAGAUGAGUGAGCAAAGGAAAGUAUAUUUUAUAUUUAUGUUAACAUACAAGAACGUUUGUUACGAUUUUUGUUUUUACGUAAGCCCUAAGAUAUUUUAUCCGGUAGAUGGCGUUCUUGGCCUGGAAUAAAUUAAAUGAGAUGACGCUGUACUAACAAUGAUUUGUCUUCAAUAACAAUACAAAUGAUGAGAAAUGUCUUUUACUUAAAUAACAACGUGAACUUUAAGUAAGUGCUUUAGGUAAAAAAGUGUAAUCAGAUUGAUUCAGUUUUAUGUAUGAGUAGGUGAACUUAUAGUGUACUUAAAAAAUUGUGGCGUGUGGAAAUUAGGCAAAUUAUGUUUUUAAAUUUACGCGUUGUAUACAGACACAAGUGCGUGCCUUAAACUUGAAUUUGUGCUUCCUAAAUAUGUACAACAUAUCAUCAUGAACUUUACAUUACAAUGUCUAGAUAAUCAGAGAUAGUACUAAGCAUAUACUCAGUUACGUUGACUAGUUUAUGUAAGUUUACAUAGUACUUAAAUUUAUAAUAACUUAUCGUAUUAUGUUGAUAAUUCUUUAAAAGGAUUUGUGAAACAAAAGAUUUUUUUUCACAUCAAUGUUAUUUAUAAAUCAAUUUUGUUAUAAGUGCUGGCUUUCUGUUAUAUUUUACAUGUGAUAUAAUCGCUGCGGCCGUACCGUUUCUAAAAAUCGUAUUAAAAUACACUCGCCGACUUGAUGGCACAAGUUUAUAAGUUCGUGACCUUUGAGCGGUGAUUGAACCGACGUUUGAUUUUUUUAACUGUAUUACCAUAAACAUAAGUACCUAUUGCCAUAAUAUAUACUGAACUGUUUUAUAAAUAUUUUUAAUAAUACAUGUAAUAUUGAGUUUUUGAAUAAUGUCAUGUUCAAGACGUUAAAAAUGUAUUUUUAUUAUUGCUUUAAAUGGAGGUCAAAUGCACAUAAAUAUUUAAACUAUAUUAUCAUAGCCGUUACUUAAAUUUAUAAACAUAUAAUAUUUAUUUUAUUUAAAAUGAUAUAGCUUAAAUAUUUUAUGGGUUUUAGUUCCUAUGUUGAAAUUUUGUGUUCUGUAGGUACAUGUAAUGAAAAUACAGCUAUUAGAUUAUUGCUAUAAAAAUUUAAAAAAUGUGUAUCCAUAAAUUAUUUGAUACACGAAAUUAAAUACCAUUUGGUAGAUACUUAUUUAUAAACAUUAUAAUAAUCAAAGACAAUAAUUCUUACAAUAUUCUGAUGAUUAUUAAGUAUUCUUGCUUUUAAUAUACUUCAAUAUUUAAUAGGUUUGUGUUCCAUGUAGCUAUUUAGUUAUAUUAGCUAUCUUAAUAAAAACGUGCAAAAGGUAAUAUGUACUUCAUUUAUUUUUACAGCGUUAUUGCUGAUUUUUAAGUGAUAGCUGGUAAGUUUUCACUAAUUAAAAGCGAUUAUAAAUGUACUAAUAGGGAGCUUGUGACAAUACAGUUUAUUUAUA